AUGGCGGCGAGUCAGGGAGGUGGUGGGAACAGUGGGGGCGGCGGGGGCGGCGGAGGUGGAAAUAGUAGCGGUGGCGGCGCGGCUGGAGGAGGGAGUGGCGGCGCUGGCGCCGCCGCCGGCGGCGGCGGGGGGGGCCCCGUGGUGGUGCCCAUCCCCGUGCCGACGCUUUUCGGCCAGCCGUUCCCCACCGGGCCGCAGUGGCACCCAGCGAGCCUGCAGCCUCAGCACACCGUGAGGAGCCUGGACCGGGCCUUGGAGGAGGCCGGCAACUCUGGCAUCCUGAGCCUCAGCGGUAGGAAACUCCGAGACUUCCCGGGUAGCGGCUACGACCUGACGGACACCACUCAAGCAGAUCUUUCAAGAAAUCGGUUUACAGAAAUUCCUUCUGAUGUCUGGUUAUUUGCACCUCUUGAAACAUUGAAUUUGUAUCAUAAUUGCAUCAAAACCAUUCCUGAAGCCAUUAAAAACCUACAGAUGCUAACGUACCUUAAUAUUAGCCGAAAUCUUCUAUCAACAUUGCCAAAAUACCUAUUUGAUCUUCCCCUUAAAGUUUUGGUGGUCAGUAAUAAUAAACUGGUAUCUAUUCCAGAAGAAAUUGGGAAGCUAAAAGAUUUAAUGGAAUUGGAUAUUAGCUGCAAUGAGAUUCAGGUCCUUCCCCAGCAGAUGGGAAAAUUGCAUUCACUUAGAGAGCUUAAUAUAAGAAGAAAUAAUCUUCAUGUGUUGCCAGAUGAAUUAGGAGAUCUUCCUUUAGUCAAGUUGGAUUUCUCUUGUAAUAAAGUGACCGAAAUUCCAGUUUGUUAUAGGAAACUACAUCAUUUACAAGUAAUAAUUUUGGAUAACAACCCACUACAAGUACCACCAGCACAGAUAUGUUUAAAGGGUAAAGUACACAUAUUUAAAUAUUUAAAUAUACAAGCAUGUUGCAGAAUGGACAAGAAACCAGAUUCAUUGGAUCUUCCAUCAUUAAGUAAACGAAUGCCAUCCCAACCUCUCACAGACAGUAUGGAAGAUUUUUAUCCAAAUAAAAAUCAUGGUCCUGACUCUGGCAUUGGAAGUGAUAAUGGAGAGAAGCGACUAUCUACAACAGAACCAUCAGAUGAUGACACAAUCAGCCUUCACUCUCAAGUCUCAGAAUCAAAUAGAGAGCAGACAUUAAGAAAUGACAGUCAUGCUACAGGAAGUAAACCGGAUUUUCAUAAAGACCAGGAGGUGUAUGAUUUUAUUGACCACACUACAGAAGAUGUAGCAGUUCCUGAACCAGGAGAUUCACAUAUGGGAUCCUUUGUCUCUUUUUUUAAGGGAAAAGAAAAAGUUCCUGAAAAAUUCCAGAAAUCUGAAGAGUUGACAGAUGAAAAGAGGCUUGGAAAAGAACAGUUUCUUGCAGUUGAAGAGGAUGAUGACUUGAAGGAAGUGACUGACUUGAGGAAAAUUGCAGCUCAGUUAUUACAGCAAGAACAGAAGAACAGUAUCUCAACAGAAGAAAUUAAUUCACCAUUAUCACCCCUCACAUGGCAGUCCUUAGAAAGCCAGAAGGAUCAAAUUGAUGAACAACGGUGGCCAGAAUCUCACCCUAUAAUCUGGCAGAGUGAAGAAAGGAGGCGGAGCAAACAGAUUAGAAAAGAGUAUUUCAAGUAUAAAUCAUCAAGGAAGAGUUCAAGUGGAAACGAAAAUGAUGAGCAAGGCAGUCAUAAUGCUAGUAUGUCACCACAAUCUCCAGUAUCAUCUGAGGAGUAUGAUAGAAUGGAUGUUUUUUCACAUGGCCCUUUUGGAUUGAAGCCUAGAUCAGCAUUUAGCCGUUCAUCUCGCCAGGAAUAUGGGGCAGCAGAUCCUGGAUUUACAAUGAGAAGAAAGAUGGAACAUUUACGUGAAGAACGAGAGCAAAUACGACAACUUCGUAAUAAUCUGGAAACCAGGUUAAAAGUAAUUUUACCUGAUGACAUUGGAGCUGCACUGAUGGAUGGGGUUGUUCUUUGCCAUUUAGCCAAUCAUAUAAGGCCACGUUCUGUAGCUAGUAUUCAUGUACCAUCACCAGCAGUGCCUAAAUUGAGCAUGGCAAAAUGUCGAAGAAAUGUGGAAAAUUUUCUUGAUGCUUGUAAAAAGUUGGGUGUGUCACAGGAAAGACUCUGUUUGCCUCACCAUAUUUUAGAAGAAAGAGGUCUUGUGAAAGUUGGUGUCACAGUCCAAGCUCUUCUUGAAUUACCUACAAACAAGGCAUCUCAGCUCUCUACAGCUUGAUACAACAUUUAAAAAUCAUGAGUGUAUACGUUUAGUUUAUUUGAAGUGAUUUCAAAUAUCACUAAAUCAUAAAUAAGAAUGGUUAAUCAGGGCUUGAUCUAAUGCAUUCUAACAGAUCAUGUGUUAUUCCAAGUGUUAUUGUUUUUUAAAUUUAUGUUAAAACACAAAAAUUAAAUUUUGAAUUGCCCAAACUUAUUUUGGGGAAAAACUGGAUUAAUGAGUUUUUGAUAAAUUCAAAUUCUCUUUUCACUAAGUCAGUUGGUAAACUUUGUUAUAUUUCAA